AUAAAGAAAUGUCUUGUCUGCAACAAAGUCUCGAAUAAAAAAACUUUCAUGUUGGUAUGGUACCUAGCACUUUUAAUUUUGCAGAAUACUUUGAGUGAUCGUUUAUUGAUGUCGUAAUUGCCAACAAAUUUAAUUAUUAUUAGAAAGCGUUCAAUUUUCUUUCCUGGCCUUUUAUAUAUAAUGCUAGGCACAAGUUGACAUUACGUUUUUGCUUUUAACUGAGAGUUAAACGUGAAGUUAUGAUUUGUAAACAUUCAUAAUCUAAGUUGGAAAAAUGUAUGGAAGUAACGGAUCUGAUUUGCCUCCCGUGAAGGAGGACACGUUUUGUAAAUACGUGCUAUACUAUGAAAUAAACAAUUCCAGGGUCCGUAUCUGGGAUUUGAUCAUUCUUAUACCAAAUGCUCUCUUUGUGCUUUUCCUAGUGGCUAGGUUUAAUAAGGCUCAAUUAAAGCUUCGUGCCACUAGUAGCCCUAUAUUUUUAACGUUCUAUGCAUUGGUCUGGGGUAACGUGAUAAUAAGUCUGGUGAGAUGUGCAGUUUCAAUGACUGUUAAUGCAGCAAUGCCUUUGGGAGGGCUUAUCGAUAAGAUUUUGUGGGUAAUGGUCAGGUUUUUUCUACUUGCAACAGAAAUGAGCGUUGUAAUAUUUGGAUUAGCUUUUGGUCAUCUUGACAGUCGCAGCAGUAUAAGAUAUGUGUUACUGGCAACAUCCCUUAUAUCGUUAGCCUUUACGGUAACACAAGGCACAUUGGAAAUUGUGAUGCCAGAUGAUAUGUUCCAUAUUGAAACCAGAGAUUACGAUCUCUUUGGCCACGGAGGGAUGCUUUUCUGGUUUACAUCAUCUGUAGUGUUUGCAAUUAUUUAUUUUGUGAUUCUUUUGCUGCCUUGGAUCCCACUGCGAGAAUAUUUAGCAUUACCAUCAAAGCUCUCGUUCUACCUGUAUGUGUUCUUGCUGGCGCUAUUGGACGCUACUCAAGCGGUUGGAGCGGGACUCCUGGCCUGGGGUGAUAUGCAAUCUGGAUUGUGUGUAGUUGAUGUUACAACGUGGUUAUACUUUUCUCUAUACACUCCACUGGUUUAUCACACAUUUCUAAGCGAAUUUUUCAGUGUGUCACAACCAAGCAUAAUGUUCUCGUACAAGGCUCAAAUGGAUGAGCCAAUGGACGACGAUCAAGUGUCUCUUCCUCACCAGCAGAGCUUCAGCUCUCUCAAAACAGAUUCUGAUUACAUCUAUCAACAGAGUAACAGCGUCUACGACAGCACAUUGUUUGAGGCCGGUGGAACGACCCCCAUGAAUCCUGCAUACAGUGCUUCACUACAGAGUCCGGAUUCAAUAGCUUCCGCUCAGUCUAUUGACACCGGUGCUCCGAUUUCCGGCUUCCACAGCCAGAAUAUACCGUCAACAUAACAACAAAAACGGCAUUACGCCUCGUUCUCUAUCAAUACUACACAUCCAAAGAAAAAACAUUACUAAUUGUAAGAUGUAUUAGUAAACUGUAUGUGAGGGCUCGCUGUGCGUACCUUUGCAUUAGCGUGUUGAAAUGUGUGUCGGAAUGUACUAUUUCUGAUGUUUCCGGAAAUGUAUAUAAGCGGGUCGUGUUGAAUUAAAUUAGUAUUUGAUUUGAUUUAGGUGCAGAUAGUGGUAGUUUUCCAAUUACAGCACAAGAGCGCAUUAUGCGACAUAAUGCUCAACGUUGAAUGUUCCAACUACA